CAUGGCUAAAAAUCUUAAAGGGAAAGUAAUAGCUAUUGGUGACUCUAAAUAUUUGGUAGGAAAUAAGAUUUUGACAACUGAUUUUUCUACUUUUUAUCAUGCUACUUGUGAUACAGUUCGGUCUUCGAUUGUUUUAAAGCAUAUCUAUUGAGAAGCAGAUGAGACUGUCAAAGUUGAAUCUAUUAAGAACGAAAAUGCUUUUUGGAAAAUUCCUUCUCAUAAUAAUCUGGUCAAAUGAAUAGACAUGAAAAAGAUAAAAUAAGAACGAUAAUAUCCAGGUCAUCUUUGUCCUAGAGUAUUGUAUCAAUACACUCUCUACAGUAAUCGAAAAGAACAGAGAUAAGGGAGAAGAUGGGCUUAGAGAGAGACUUAUCAUUCAGAUUCUCAAUGAUAUUGUUCAAGGGCUAGUUCAUAUGAUUCAAAGCGAACCUCCUCUUUAUCAUAGAGACCUCAGAGUGGAAAACAUACUUCUGGGUAGUGAUGGGUAUUACAAAAUCUGCAAUUUUGGAAGUUCAACUAAAUAAAAGAAGUAUUGUGAUCGAUGGUGAUUUGGAGAAAAUUGAAUACCAAAUAGAAAACUUUACAAAGCCAGAAUAUAGAGCUCCUGAGCAAAUUCUUUUGUCAUCAGAUUAUUGAAUUAGUGAGAAAGUUGAUAUUUGGGCUUUGGGUGUAAUUUUGUACAAGAUGAUGUUCCUUAAAGAAAAAUUUGUGCCCGUGACUCGGGAUAGCCUCACAGUUGAGAUUCCAGAUUCAACAAAGUACUCCAAACCAUUAAGAAAUUUAUUAAGGAAGUUGUUCAAAAUAGAUCCAGAAGAAAGACCCUCAAUUGCUCAAGUAAGCAAAUAUGUGAAGAAGCUACUGAAUGGUGAACCAAUAAAAGCUAAGAAGACUAAAAGAGAAAACGAUACAUCAGAAGAAGAGAAGGAUGUGGCUAUGAAUUAUACAUCAGAAGAAGAGAAAAAGGUUACCAUAAAUGAUACUUCUGUGCGACUUAAAGAAAUAAAGCCUGAGCCAGUAAUAGAAGUAGAAUCAGAAAAGUUAUUGAAAUCUCAAAUAAUCCAAGGUAUCACCAAGAUUAAUGGAAGUGAAGUGAUUCUCAAGGAAUCUCCCAAAGCUCCAGAAGUUCCAGACGUGCCUGAAAUGACCGAAGCUGUUAAAGAAAUUCCGAUAAAUGAAAAGACAAUCACGGAAUUAGUGAAAUUAGCAACAGAAAGCGAGAAUAGUUCACCUAAUAUUCAAGUUAUUUCUACCUUAGUUCUGAGAGCAUGGAAAAAUGAAGAUGACAUUUAUGAUUUUUACAAUAAAAUGAAAACAACUGAUUACUCUGAGAGCACUAUUGUUGCUCUCAAAGCUUUGGCUUGCAUUCAUAGAUAUAUUCUCUGAGGACCAGGAUCUCAGCAAGAAACAAUAAUUUUAAUUUCAAAAAUUCAUGACUGAUGGAAAGAGAGAAUAGAUGACGAUGAUAAAAAUGAAAAAUUGCAAACUGAGUAUCCGGCUGAAAUAAUUGUGAAAUACUCAAAAAUAUUAUUGAGAAAAGUUGAGUUGUAUAAGGAAACAAAGCAUUUAUUUAGUCAAUCAUAUUGCCUUGAUAGGUAUUUUAUGAGAAAAGACACAAUAUAAAGGGAAGCCCGCUAGCAUUAAAAGUAAUCCAAUCUCUCAUGAUGUUAUGGUCUGAAAUCAAGACAAUACAUGAUGUUAUUUGUAAGUGAAAAUAUCUCAGAAAAGUCCUUGAUUUUGUGUGAGUUUCUCUGCUCGAAGAAGAGUACUUGCUCAUCUCUCUGCUGUCCAAUCUGUACCACUCCUUCAAAAUCACACUCAAAGCCACACACAAAGGCUCUGAUUUGUGCAACGAAAUGGAGAAACUCGACCAGUUGUUUGUUGAAAACUAUGCGUCCACAUAUUGGUUCUACCACCAGUCAAUCAGAAUUGACGAAGUGCUCGACCUCAGAAAGCGACUCCCGCAUUUCCCGAUCGUUCUGGUAAAAUACUUCAGACUGAAUGAGUUCUUGAACAACCUUAGAGUCAGAGGCAACCUCAAAGACAUCCUGACAUUCUUGAACUCGGCUCAGCAAGUAUGCGGACUCACGCUUCCGAAGAUGUUCCACAGCACCAAGCUGACUUCGCUGAGUGAAGGCUCUGCAGAAAGCAACUACGAGCCAUUCCAGGACUAUGAAGGAGGCGACAAAGUUGUCAAAGACAGUGUCCAUCCAUCUCCACCACCGCUUGAAACGAUUCUCAAAGCAGCUUUUGCUGUGAAGCGAGUGGACCCGAUUGCUCAGAAUGUGCCAGCAGCUAGAGGUCAUCCUGAGGGUGUGAUGGGGGCCAUGUCAAGAAAUGCUCCAACCGAACGAGGAAACUCCAAAAAUGCAGUCAACAGAAACCCUGCUUCAAACAACAUUUAUCAAAACACUGACGUUUUUCUAUCAUCAGAGAAACUGGCUGAGCGCAAAGUGCCUCGAUCACUCAGCAAAAAGCGAGCUGACAGCGAACACAAGCACCCCAUGAUUCACUCUUCAAGCAGAACCAGAAUACAUGAAGCUCAGGGUCUGGAUUCUCCGACUCAGAACAACUCCCAAGGUUUGAACGGAGCUAACAAGCCAGCAGGACUGCCUCCAAACCCAGCUUUAUUACACAAAAGACAGAAAAGCAGAGACAUCACCGAAAUGAACAGCCAAGAAGUCCAGAGCAUGAACCCGAGUCAGAACUUCAAGUUUCCGCCUCCGACCAUGAGCAUGAGUUCUGGCAAAUAGCUGGUACUCCGGCAACAACCAAUCGAACCCGAUGCGAAAUGUAUUGUACCCAGUCAGCCCUAGCAAGCGGGCUGAUCCCCUGAAGGUAAACAACUUCUCAAGCAAGAACUCUGGUAGCUCAAACAACGGCUCUGGCGCUGCAAACUUGCUGACCAAGUACGCGACUGAAGGCAAGUUUGACGCAGCAGAUGAUUCACAAGACACCAAAGACAAAGAACUCAUGGCCAGAAACACCAACUCUACCGGAGGCUCAGACAGAUUCCAGGACGACACAGCCAGCAGCAAGUAUGUGCACUCAGACUUAUUGAACGCUUCGUACCCGGAGUGCAGCCUUGAGAAGAGUUCGGCUUCAGCUCCUGUGCAUCCACACCGCUCAAACAGAAACUCGAAUGGGCCGCCAAUGCCAAGCCCGUUCGGGCCUCCUGACCAAAAUAUGGGGUUCAAGCCAGAGACGAUGGGGACUCCACACAACAAACUGUUUAUGGAGGAGAACAAGGACUUGGCUGGAGCAGCCAGAGGUCCUCCACCGAGUUUGAAACAGCAGUUGAUGGAUGUGAAUGCAAGGAUCCGGAAGCAGCAGGAAGAUGCCAAAGGAAACAAGUCGAGCAUUGAAGAUAAAUAUAUCCUCAACAUGACUGAUUUAAAAAUUGAGAAACAAAUUGGCGCAGGAGGAUCAGCUAAGGUAUAUAAAGGAAAAUUUAAUGAUCUGGAUGUUGCAGUGAAAAGGCUAGAUCUGAGUAGUAUUGGAGUCGGCAAAGCUCGACAAGAAUUCAAAAGAGAGGUCAAUACUCUCAACAAAAUUAACCAUAGAAAUCUUGUAAGUUUUGUUGGAGUGGCUUUUGAUAAACAGAAUUUCUGUAUUGUAACUGAGUUUUGAUUUGGAGAUUCGUUAUUUGAGCUAUUACACAAUUAUUCACAUAUUUACUUAUCUUGGAAACAAAAACAUACAAUAUGAUUAGAUGUCGCAAAAGGUAUGGGAUACUUGCAUCAUUCUUUUGAUAAGCCUAUUUUACACCGAGAUCUUAAAAGUUUAAAUCUUCUGAUGAAAUACCAAAUAACUUCCGAAGCUGAUCAAAUCAUUACAAAGAUUACUGAUUUUGGUCUUGCUAGAGAAAAAGGGAUGAAGAAUGAAAUGAUGACCCAGAAUGCUGGAACUUUUCAUUGGAUGGCUCCAGAAGUCAUGGAUGCUAAGCCUUAUACUCAUAAAGCUGAUGUGUAUUCUUAUGGUAUUGUUUUAUAUGAAAUUUUAUCAAGAACUACUCCAUAUCUUGGCAUGAGUGCAACUCAAAUAGUAGCAGGAGUUCUCAGUCGAAGAGAAAGGCCAGACUUAACAAAAAUUUCUGAUGACUGCCCCAUAGAAUUAAGGGAUCUAAUGAUACAGUGUUGGGAUCAAGAUCCUGAUCAAAGGCCUGAUUUCAGGGAUAUUGUACAAACUCUGACAGAAAUGCAAAUUUAAAUAAUAAUUUCAAUGCUUACAAAUGA